AUGUCAAAGUCUCUCAAUAAACAUAAAGUCAGCGACGGCCAGCUCAAACGAGACCAGCUCAUUCAAAAGUUGAAUGACUAUCGUCACCGUUGCAAUCAGUUGGACCGCUAUAUGAGUGCCAGUCAGGCCCCCGCAGCAGCCCAUCCCGAUGCUCAGCAACAUCUUUUACACCCGUCCAGCCAAUAUACUCGCUAUCCGCUACACCAACCACAGCUAGGAGAAGACGAAGAUGUGGGCGAAACGCCUUUGGAACGCUCAUCGUUGGAUAUUCUCUUGGAGAAAGCACAGUUUGCUCGAAAUAUGGGCGAGUUGAACGAGGAGAAAAAUUACAUUGAUCAUGCCGUGGAAUAUUACUCAGAAGCAGCGGAGUGCUUUCUGCGUGCCUUCAAAGAGUUGGAUCAGGAUGACCCGGAGAAAUCAGACAUUCGUGAAAAGUUUACAUGGGUGGUGGAUAAAGCAGAAGAGUUGAAGGCCGCUCAAAAAUCAAGCACGAGACUAUCUCCGACGCGUGCUCGUGCUUCAUCUGUAUCGUCAGCAAAAUUACGCUCUCGAUCGCCAUCGAUUGGCUCCAUAGAUACCACCCAUUCCAUCACCAGUCCAGCCACCGAACAUUCAAUUACCAGCCAUCGAUUAUCAUCUACAGAAAUUGAUGUCUUGAAACAUACCUCCAACGUCAACGAGAGAAUAUUUCUGCCGUGGAUGGACGAGACCGAUCUCAAGGAGAAGUUUUCCUUUACCCAGAACUUUAUCGACCCAGAUGGUACACUCCGUCUAUCCGACAAACAAAUGGCAAACUUUGGCGGGUGGAAACGUCCAGCCGAAUUUAUGCGAAAUCCGCAGUUGAUAAAGUUAAUAUCCAGUACCAGCAUCAUUCAGGAUGUUGUAACGGAUUGUUCCUUUGUAGCAUCUUUGUGCGUAGCUGCUGCUUACGAACGCAAGUUUGACAAGCAGCUUAUAACCUCUUGUAUAUACCCUCAAAAUAAGCAAGGCAAGCCUUGUUACAAUCCAAAUGGCAAAUACGUAGUCAAGUUCAUAUAUAAUGGCAUUGCGCGAAAAGUAUUUGUGGACGAUCUUUUACCCGUGUCUCGAGAAGGCACACUCAUGUGCACGUUCUCUACGAACGCGGGUGAGCUGUGGCCGAGUAUCAUUGAAAAAGCGGCAACAAGUAUUCUCAAUUUUCAUCAGCCUGGGAAUUAUGUAAUAAUACUUUGUAGCUGUCUAACCGGCUGGAUUCCUGAACAUAUUUUUAUCCACGACCAUCAUUUCAAUGCGGAAAAGAUCUGGAAUAGAAUUCUGGAUGGAGCUAAAUAUGGUGAUGUAUUGGUGACUAUUGCGACUGGCGAAUUGACUGAAGCGGAAGCCGAAGAACUAGGAUUGGUGCCAAUGCACGCUUAUGCAGUCAUAGCAGACAUCAAAACAGUGAUGAAUGUUCGUUUCAUGCAAGUCAAAAAUCCGUGGAGCCAUAAACGCUGGCAAGGUCCAUACAGCCACCUCGAUACGGUCCGUUGGACUCCGGAAUUGAAAGAAGCGCUGAAUUACGAUCCCUUUAUUGCCGAGCAGAAAGAUGAUGGCAUUUUCUGGAUUAAUUUCGAUUCUGUAUGUUCCAAAUUUACUUCCAUUCACCUCAAUUGGAAUCCUGAGCUUUUCACGCAUCGUUGGGUAUUACACUCAAUGUGGCCUGAGGAUCUUGGUCCGAAAAAAGACAUUUAUAAUCUCGGAUACAAUCCACAGUUCCAUCUAACGGUCACCGUUCCGGACAAAAAACCGGCGGCUGUUUGGUUACUGCUUUCAAAGCAUAUCAUGGUGACGGAAGAAAACACAGAUUACAUUACAUUGCAUGUCUAUAACAGUACCGGGAAGGAGCGGAUCUAUUAUCCCGGUCAACCAUUCAAAGAAGGCACCUACGUGAAUAGUCCUCACAUCUUGGUACGAUUCAACGCGCCUCCUGGAACGAGCGAUUGUACGAUUGUGGUAUCUCAGCAUGAGAAAGCGCGAUCGUUGUAUUUCUCGCUGCGUGCCUAUUCUUUGGCGCCCUUUAUUCUUUCAGAAAUACCUAUGCGAUAUACCAUUACAGAAAAGAUCAAAGGACAAUGGACGGAACAGACGGCCGCCGGCAUUUUACUCAUGCUGGAGGCACCCAAAUCGCUGGCUGUUCACCUAUUAUUGGUAGAAGGCGGUCAGCGAACAUCCAGUGUUUCUGUUCGAGAUAUUGUGGCAGAAUCGGGGGCUUACCGUCACGGCUUUUGCUAUUGCGAUAUCAGCCGAUUACAAAUUGAUCCGAUUCCGGCUGAGGGGGCUGGAAUGUUCAAAAAAGUCAUUCGCGGUGAAUGGAUCCAAGGAUACAGCGCGAUGGGGUGUCCUAGUUACGGCAAUUAUAACAAAAUUGAACCGGUACCAUCGAUCAACGUGACCAUCUAUGAGAAAGAUCCAUCGGAUCUCUUCGGCAACGAGGUGGCCACUUCAGGACCCUAUACCAAUGUUGCCCAGGGUGUGGCGACAAAAGAAGUGGUUUUGAACCAAAACGAAACAGGAUACAUCAUGGUGUUCGCGACCCAUAAAAAGGACAUCUCUGGGAAAUAUAAAGCCACCAUUUAUAGCGAUCGUCCCAUCAAUAUAAGAAAUGAUCAUUAG